CAUCACGAAGAAACUUCGUAAUACUGUUACUGUUACCUUUCUCAUUGCUCGGAUCUCGCAUCCGACCCUGACCCGAGCUCAAUCGAAAGUAAAGCGCCACAUCGAAAGCAAAGACUCGAACAAUUACGAUACCGUGAUAGGGCUCUGCUGUUGCRCAUACUGGACAUAAAUAACGACCGUAAUCCAAAACGAAACCAGAAGAAAAACUACUACCAAUAAGAAUGCAUCGAUCGAUUACCACUCGAGGUAGCUCUAUCCKUCGAGCGGCGAGUCAAAAGAGAGCGAUUGGGAGAACAUGUGUGAUAGAGCAAGCACUCCCGGUAGUGGGAAAUUUCAAUGGUUACUCUACGGGUUUGAUGUCUGGGCAAAACGUCAACGACAGCAGKAGCAUCAACAAUCGUAUUAUCGAUUCGAUAUUCUCCUCUUCGAACAAGAUCCUCCCAAACAACUACACAAAGCGCCAUAGUGCUCCCAAAACUGCUUUUUCUCCUACCGCACAUGGAAGAAGGUUGUUUUCGACAGCGGCCACCGACACUGACAGCGACAGCGAUGACGAACACCAUGACUCGUCGUCUCCUACCGUGCGCCUGCGGUCCGGUGUCCGGAACGUGGCGAUCAUUGCGCACGUCGAUCACGGAAAGACGACCCUGGUUGAUCAGCUGCUGCGAUCGGCGGGGAGCUCGUCCGGCGACCCCACCAGCAACGACGGCGGUGGCGACACCGAUCGAUUGCUCGAUUGCGGGGAUCUCGAAAAAGAACGGGGCAUCACCAUCACCUCCAAGGUCACCAGAAUCGACGGCUACACACCCAGCAUUAGUCCUACCGGGAACGAGAGCACCAUGAUUCUCAACCUUGUCGACACGCCGGGACACGCCGAUUUCUGCGGAGAGGUCGAUCGGGUCCUGUCCCUGGUGGAUGGUGUGUGCCUCGUCGUCGACGCAGGGGAGGGACCCAUGGCCCAGACAAAGUACGUUUUGUCCCGGGCCCUCCAGGCAGAUCUUCCGAUCGUCGUCGUUCUCAACAAGGUCGAUCGCCGGGUGUCCUUCGACAAGGUCGUCGAGGGAGACACAGAAAUUUCCCUAGAGGAGCUAAUGGAGCAAUUGGGUGCCUCACAGGAGCAGAUCCGAUUUUCACUGGAAAACGCCAUCUUUUAUGCGUCGGCCCGGGACGGUUGGGUCACCCAGGAUUUGGACGUUCUCACCGAGAUUGUGGAACAGGGAAAGGUCGGGUCCACAGAUGUCAACACUAGCAUGACCCUGUUGCUUGACAAGCUGCUGGAACUCAUCCCGGAACCUUCGGUAAAGGUCCACAAUGAAGCCACCGCAUUUCGACAACCGAACAGCAAAAGCAGCAUGAAAGGAGAAGACUUUGUCGACGAUCGGUUUUCUCUUGCGGCGGUGACGGUUGGUUACGAUUCCUAUCUUGGAAGGACCUGCACGGGGCGGAUCACCUCAGGGCACGUGACCGCGAACGAUACAGUGACGGUAUUGAGGCGGAAGAAUCCCGACCACCACGAGCAAGAACAAAACCAACAAUCGAAGAACGAACCAACGGUAGCUCCCACCACACUCAAAGGUCUCUUUGUCAACAAGGGAAUCUCACGGGUUCCCCUCGAAAGCGAGGCUGCAUACGCCGGUGACAUCGUGACCCUAGCGGGGGUUCCGGACUCGAUUUGCGUUGGAGACACCGUCACCGGUGUGAACGGAAACAGCGAUGGGGUCGAGCGACAGGUUCUAGAGGCUAUCGACACCCCACCCUUGGUCCCCCCCACCUUGAGCAUGGAAUUCGCCGCCAACAACGGACCCCUGGCCGGAACGGAGGGAACGGAGGUCACCCCGACUAAACUCCGCAACCGGUUGAUCGCCGAGACCGACAACAACGUCACCCUAACGGUCGAAUCCUCGGCCCGCGACAGCGAGCGAACGAACGUCUACGCUCGCGGUGAGCUCCAAUUGGGGAUUCUCAUCGAACAAAUGAGGCGGGAAGGCUUCGAGAUGGUCAUCAGCCCGCCGAGCAUCGUCACCACCGUAGACGAGGGCACUGGAGCCCUGAUGGAGCCCUUUGAGGAGGUAACCAUCGAUGUCGAUUCGGAAUACGCGGGCUACAUUGUUUCGGCUCUUACCGCUGAUCGGAAGGGCAUCUUGCUGGAAAUGAACGAAUCGACGGACUCGAAGACUCGCUUGGUUCUAGAAGUUCCUAGCCGGGGUUUGCUUGGAUUUCCGUCCGAGGCUGCCUCGGCCACGCGCGGCAGUGCCGUUGUGAACCACGUCUACAUUGAGGACCGGAAACACGUUGGGCCACUGGGAGACGGCUUGGAAAGGGGCAAGCUCAUAAGUUCCGAUAGAGGGAAGGCCACAACCUACGCACUGGCCAGUCUGGCAGCCCGGGGAACCCUUUUCGUCGAACCCGGCGACGUUGUUUACCCGGGAAUGAUCAUCGGCGAGAACGCAAAGCAGGGCGACCUUGAGGUGAACCCCGUCCGUGCCAAGCAAGCCAGCAACAUGCGAACCCAGAACAAGGACGAAAAGGUCUACCUCGCACCGCCCAAGAAGAUGACGGUCGAGGAGAUGAUUGGAUACAUGUCGCCCGACGAAAUGAUAGAGGUCACACCCAGCACGCUUCGGCUGCGCAAGUCAGAACUCGACCCUACCGAGCGAAAGAAGGCGGCGAGGGUUAARAAGCAGCAACGGGAUGCCAGGAAGCAAAAAUAGAGCAAAAUCGAGGGAAAGAGCAACAGRAGUAUUCAUUUGAUUCCCACCGAUUAUUAAACCKAUGKCGUUCUAAAAUCUAAAGUACCUUUUAACAUUUUUAAGUUSAAAUCUAUCAAAUUUAUACUCUGUCAAGUGGAUGUCUGAUCCAUUGCCUUUUGGGCAAGGAAUAUUAUCGAACCAAUGCUGCUUUCCCCUCCCUCCAGCAUUCUGUAAUUUUUCUUCGCCCAAAAGACGAUAUCGUAGUCGCUUUCGCCGUUGCAAUGAAGGGCUGCUGCAUCUGUUUCCAUGGCYAUUCCACAUAUUCUCAUUMAGAACACCAAUAAGAGCAUUCAGAGUAAAUGAGUGCACUCGACGUCAUCUUUAGGACAUACACAAUUAAAGAAAAGUAAAAGACGAACAUAAAUCGGGCGAGAAACACGGUCCGGUGUCGUCGUCGUCAUCAAUUUUUCUCCUCUUGUCGGCGUCACCAGCAAAUGCAAAUGUUCCUCCUCGAAUAGAUUGGCAGUUCUUCUUCGCUUUCACGCUAACUUUAGAGUUCCGAAAAAAAAUUGCUAUCUUUGCGUAAAUCUUUUUUUCGUCCUCGAGUUCUACCCAAAAAUUUCUGUGGUCCCAAACCAAGAAUUUGCCACCCAUGCUUCUAAUUUCCUGUAGAACCCCUUUCGUGAUGUCAACCUUUCCCUCGCGGGUGGCAGCGACGCUGUGUUCGUAGUGUUUGGAUUCUACAAGACUUCGAAAAUUCAUAUUUCCUGGAUGACAUAUCGAGGACUGGCCAGGACGAAAUAUGACGUCGGCCAACCCCGGGCAUUCAAUUAUUGACUCCCUGAUCUCAAACAGGUCACUGGUGGGUUCUUCYAAGGUCUUUCGAAACUGCAUCCACCUUUUGAAAAAAGUAGUUUUUAUCGU